ACCGACAAAAGACUCUUGACAGGCAGCAAGGAAAAUCCCAUUGUGAUCUGUGACUCACCUAUGACCAGGCUAACACCAGCUAAGCACUUCAUCAAGACAACCACUCGUGAUCCUUCUGUUAGUACUUCUUGAUCUUGUGUAUAGUGUCUAGGCGUGCGCGUGUGAAGGCAGUCAAGCAAAGCUCUUUGACUGCUGGUGGUGGAGAUGAGAUGAAGAGGGUGAAUAGAUUUAAGUUGUACAGUCAUGCUACUGAUCCCACCAGAGAUCUAAAGUCUGUGUAUGCUGUGGCAGGCACUCCCAAGUGGACUGUGUCUGCAUGUACACAGGAGCCUAACCACAAUGGUGGUGCACAGGAGGACCAGGAGGACAAGGGAACCACUGUCUACACACUACCUAUACAGGAGGACAAGGGAACCACUGUCCACACACUACCUAUACAGGAGGACAAGGGAACCACCGCCCACACACUAUCUACACAGGAGGGCAAGGGAACCACUGUCCACACACUACCUAUACAGGAGGACAAGGGAACCACCGCCCACACACUAUCUACACAGGAGGACAAGGGAACCACCGCCCACACACUACCUACACAGGAGGCCGUCUCAAUUACUCACCACACAAACUCCCUUGCAUCAAAUGAACCACCCGAUAUUGCACCAGUGGACAUUGUUAUUUACCCCAAACCAUUUCACAAAUUCUCCCAGGGAUAUAUGGAGACCUUGACUGAUGUUGGGCUUACUAACAGUGACAGACUUGCUCGCUAUGUUCAACUGCUGGAGCGUCUCUUGGCGCAUGCUUACUUCAUUCCUACAAACAGAAUACAAAUAGUUGUGGACACGGUAUUGAAAGUAUCCAACAAACAAGUAUUAUACAGAUUCCAUUCUCUGCUUUGCCAAGACUUGAAGCUGAGACCUAGUGGUACCACCAAUCUUCCAGUGGACUACCUGCAGGACACAUUGCACACUAUCAGCCACAAGCUCUCCUUCACACCCACUCACCUACCCUCUAGGAUUGUGCUACAUUACAUUGCUCUCUUGAAACCACUUCUCUCUUCAUCGCUCACUACCAAGCUAUUAGAUAUGGCUAUAUCUACAUUGUGUGUGCCCCCUUUGGACAGUCUCCCUUCCCCCACACAAGCUGCGCUCUCUCUAAUGGCCUCCCAUUCUCUACCUGGUGACCUAGCAGCUAGGAUCCAACAGCUCACGUCCUAUACAGACAAACACCAACUGCUGCGUUGUAUUCCUCAACUGGAUCUAAGGCUGAAGGUGGUGGAAGUUAUCUUAUCCCAGAGCUUUCAUGGUGACCAUGACAACCAACCUACACCCAAUACAUCUCUUGAGGAGAUCUGUCAGAGGCACUUUACACGGAGACCAUAUCGACCCAACGGUGACCCCCAUGACCUUUGCUAUUUCUUGAGUCUUUUGUUGCUACUAGUGGAAACAUGGCUCCUUCUCCACCACCCCCCACAGUGUGUGGGCAUCAACCACCCCCCUCCUGAGACUCCUCCCCCUAGCGUACAGUGUGUGGGACAUGCAGUGGAUCUAUUGACUAGUAGAUUAUUAGAUGAUGCUUUCUUAACAGACGAAUUAUGUUCACCAAAUGUUUGGCAUCAACUACAACUACUCAAAGCGUUUAGCAACUAAUAAUUUUUUAUUAACUUUACUAGUGGUCUGUAAUAAUUGUUUUGUACUUUUCAUUAAAAUUCACCUUUAUUAAUUUUGGGCAAUGAAUAAUUACUCAUGACGUCA